AUGAAGCCCGAGACAACAGCUUCCCUCUCAGAGCAGCUGCGCACCAUUAACAGCACCAACCCCGCCGAAAUCAGCGCGUUCAUCGAAUCCAUCCGCGCCAAAGACGAGACCUUUACAGAGCUACAGCUCUAUGCCCUCCGCUUCUGGUACACGCAGUACCACAUCCUCGACCGCCUUGCGCCGUACGCUUCCUCACUGUCGGGCAGGCAGAUCUUCAGGAUUCUCCUGUCCAAGAUGGAGGACUACGAGGUCGAGAUUUUCCUCGAGCGAUUGGACCUCAUCUUGGCGCACUACCCCGAAAGAGCGCGUUGGCACAAGAAGAUGGCGGAAGGAAAUUUGGGAGGAUAUGGCCUGAAGGCCAGGGUUAUGAAGAACAUUUGGGGGGAGGAGUACUUGCAGGUGAACUGGGAGAAGGUUACCGAGGAGGAGAAGGAGUUCGUGUGGUGGUGGUAA